UCGGAGCCUCCCUCUCCAGCAGCUCUUCGUUGUUCAAAUUCCACUCACCGCAAAAAGGACAAGGGCACUCAGUUUUGCAGACAAGGACAAGGACUUUGCUUUGCUGAAAAUAUUCCCACCCACAAAGUCGAAAGGAUAUUUUCAGAGAGAGUGAAACAAAACUGAGUAACUGGGAAAAAUGUGGAAGCGAGUGGUAUCAGCUCCAUCAGCGCAGCUCCAAACCCUUGCCUCAACCUCAGGCUCGCAUAGAUCCUCAUGUAUCAGACACAUCUUUCGACUCCUCAUCUUCUCACCAUCUUCCUCUUCAAUGUUGCCGUAUCAGCGUUCCGGUGCUCUCUCCUGCACCCACGCCACCUUUACUUCCUAUUCCAGUGCAUCUGCAUUUGCUAUGGGUCAUGAACAUGAGGAAGUUGAGGCAGAGCAUCAGAGUAGGAUCAAUACAUAUAAUCAGAGUGGAAGUGAUAGUGGGUAUUCUGGUCAAAAUAGUUGGCAGUUGCAGCAGAAACUAAAUGGGUCUUUUGCGGAUGGUUCACGGGAUCCCAAGCAGAGCUCAAAUCAGUACAAUCAGAGUUACAGUGGGACUUUCUGGAGAGGCACAGGCAAUGAAUUUCUAAAUGACCCAGUUCAACGAAAUGGAAAUUUCCGUGGGUAUUACGGUUAUGAAAAUGGAGGGUUGCAAAACACCCCAAACCUGAACGGGAAACAAUUAGGAAAUGGAAAUAUACAGAAUCCAUAUGUGUCUCGGCAAGAGGGAUCAAUAGAAGUUACACAGAACCCCAAUGGUUUUGAUUCACAAGGCAAUUCAGUGUCUCAGGGAAACGCAAAUCAGAAUUCUAUGCAAAGUUAUGCACAGUAUCAGCAAAACACCAAUGGUCAUCAGCAGAACCCUAAUUAUGGACAAUAUCAACAGAAUUCUAGUUAUGCAUAUGGACAAUAUCAGCAACAACCUAGUUAUGCGCAAUACCAGCAACAGCCUAGUAUUGGGCAAUACCAGCAAAGCCCCCGCGUUGGACAAUAUCAGACAAAUUCAGAUGCUUUUCAAAAUACGAUAGUGGAUUCUCACGUGGGAAGUGAGUCAAAAUCUGAAGGGCAAUUGAUUGAGGCUUCAGAAAAUAGCCCGUCUAGUUCUAGUCUUGAAGAGUUGGAUCGUUUUUGCAAGGAGGGGAAAGUUAAGGAGGCUGUGGAGAUCUUGGGACUGCUAGAGAAGCAGCAUGUUCAUGUGGAUUUGCAUCUCUAUUUACAGUUAAUGCAGGCAUGCGGUGAGGCUAAGGCUCUACAAGAAGCAAAAAUUGUUCAUGACAACAUUACAAGAUUAUUGCCUCCUCUGAACGUGAGUACGUACAACAGAAUCUUGGAGAUGUAUUCUAAAUGUGGUUCUAUGGACAACGCAUUUUUGGUUUUCAACAAGAUGCCUAACCGGAAUUUGACAUCAUGGGACAUUAUGAUAACAUGGCUGGCUAAGAAUGGUAUCGGGGAAGAUGCCAUCGAUCUAUUUACCCAAUUCAAAAAAGCAGGCUUGAAACCUGAUGGCCAAUUGUUUAUUGGGGUUUUAUACGCUUGCAGUGUAGUGGGAGAUGUUAAUGAAGGAUUGCUGCAUUUUGAAUCAAUGAGCAAAGAUUAUGGUAUUGUCCCAAAUAUGGAUCAUUAUGUGAGUGUAGUAGCUAUGCUAGGAAGUACGGGCUAUCUGGAUGAAGCUUUGGAAUUCAUUGAAAAGAUGCCAUUGGAACCUAACGUCGAUGUUUGGAAGACCUUGAUGAAUCACUGCAGAGUUCACGGCCAGUUGGAGCUUGGGGACCGCUGUGCGGAGCUUAUUGAGCGGCUAGAUCCCUCCUGCUUAGAUGAGCAGUCAAAGGCUGGCCUUAUUCCUGUAAAAGAAUCUGACCUGGUAAAGGAGAAAGAGAACAAAAAAUUGGCAGCACAAAAUCUUUUAGAAGUCAGGAGCCGAGUCCAUGAAUAUCGAGCAGGUGAUAAAUCUCAUCCUGAGAACGAUGAGAUUUAUGCUCAACUUAGGGGUUUAAGGGAACAAAUGAAGGAGGCUGGUUACAUUCCGGAGACUAGAUUUGUGCUACAUGACAUAGAUCAGGAAGGCAAGGAAGAUGCUCUGCUUGCCCAUAGUGAGCGACUUGCUCUCGCUCAUGGCCUCAUCAGCAGCUCAGCUCGUUCAACUAUUAGAGUAAUCAAGAAUCUUCGUGUUUGUGGUGAUUGCCAUAACGCGUUGAAGAUCAUUUCGAAAAUUGUAGGCCGAAAACUCAUCAUGCGAGAUGCUAAGAGGUUCCACCAUUUCGAAGACGGCUUGUGCUCUUGCCGAGAUUAUUGGUGAACAAAUGAGACUAGAUUUAUUCUAUCUCAGGUAUUGUUACAAACUGAGUUUUGAGUACUUGAAAUGCAGCCAUAAACCGCUUCCUAUA